GUUUGAAACUUACACUCAAGCGGAGUUGUAAAUAGUUGUUCGAGUUUUUUGGCUCGUACUCAAACUGUAGAAAAAUGUAAAAAGUCGACUAAAACAUAAUAUUCGUUUGCCUGCAAAUUCUUUUCGAUUUUAUGUUUAAGCGAAAGCGAAUCCGAAAUAUUUUAGAAAAGUAAACUAAAUCCAACGGCUUUUAGAAAAACGGCUUGUAGAAAAAAGCGCGAACAUAACUGCACGAAUUAAGUACGUAUAUAGCGGUAAAUAAUAAUAUCGAAUCAACGUAACGAAAGUAAGUUAAGGAAUAAAGCUAAUUUCUGGUGCGUAUAACUCCAUUAGAAGGCGAUUAGCAUAGCUUUGUGAAAACAGAGCAAAAGAACGAGCUACUGCAUCAGAAGUGCCAACAAAUAAUUCAAUCAGACCCAUCUGUGAAACCAGAAAAAGAAAACGUCCAACGAGCGUCCAAGUGAGAGUGACAGCCGUGACACGAACCAAACCAAACCAAAUAUAACCGAUACGGUGCUGGGCUCCCCUUCAGCCACUGCAAAGGUCGCGGCGGCCCAAACACAAACUAACUAGAAAACUUUGUCAAACACUCGAGUAAAGCGGCAAACGUGCGCAUCUGAAAGUUUUCCCUCUAUUUCGUGCACCUCUUAGACUCAGAUAUAGAUACAGAUAAAAAAUACAUACACUGACGCGAGUGCUUUAAUUUCGGCACGUUCUCAGCAAAAUAAGUACAUAAAAAGGCGGCAAGAGAAACAGCUGCAGGAUGUCCGCCUCCAUGCCAUUGACCAUGGACCAGCGACGUUUGAUCUGGCCAACAUUUAUCCUCUCGCUGCUGUUGCUCCAAACAACGGCGAGUGCCAUCGAUUUGAGUCGUUUGUACGGCCAUAUGGCAAACCCGAUACAAAAACGAAGCGAUGCCUGCCAUCCGUACGAGCCUUUCAAGUGCCCCGGCGACGGUAAUUGCAUUUCCAUACAAUAUUUAUGCGAUGGUGCGCCCGAUUGCUCCGACGGCUACGACGAGGACAUGCGUCUUUGCACAGCGGCCAAACGCCCACCUGUCGAAGAGACUGCAUCAUUUUUGCAGAGCCUAAUCGCCUCACAUGGACCCAAUUAUCUGGAGAAACUUUUUGGCAGCAAGGCACGUGAUGCCCUCUCCCCGUUGGGCGGUGUGGAAAAGGUGGCCAUUGCUUUGAGCGAAUCGCAAACGAUUGAGGACUUCGGAGCCGCAUUGCACCUAAUGAGAUCUGACUUGGAGCAUUUACGUUCCGUUUUUAUGGCUGUGGAGAAUGGCGAUCUUGGCAUGUUGAAGUCGCUUGGCAUCAAGGACUCGGAACUGGGUGAUGUGAAGUUCUUUUUGGAGAAAUUGGUCAACACCGGUUUCCUUGACUGAGUAGCGCCGGAUCCGGCUUCUGGAUUUUAUUAUGCACACGCACAGCCCAUCAAUCCUAAUUUCUAUUCAUAUUUGGGCACGCCCUAUGAUAAUUACAAUUAUUAGAAAGGUGUUGCAGCAAAUCUAUACAUUCAACGCAAAACCAAUACACACUAAUAAACAUACACAAAUCCAGACACGAACACACUCAUACAUCUAAUAUUUUCUCAAAACUUUCGCAGUUCUAAUAUGUUUCCAAAAUAAGUCCUAAGUUUUAUGCUUCUUCUUGCCCAUCCAACUCUUGAUUUGCUUUCAAUUUUAAAACAUCUUUUUUAGAAAAAAAAAACCACAAAAUAUAAAAAAAAUGAAAAAUAUUACAAAAGAACAAAAAAACGCUACUCUGCAAAAAUAUGUUGGUCAAUUGCAAAAAUAUACCAAAACGAAAAUUGAUCGGCUUCUCAACUAUAUCAAGUACUUUCUCCCAAUUCUUCUGCGCUCUUUCAAUCGGUCUGCAUUCUUAGCUCUUAGUUCGUUUGUGUUGGAAAACUUCGUCAAAUUUUGAGAAAAUUAACGCGCAACUUUCAGUAACUAACUCAAAUUUUCAAGAAAAAUGAAAACAUUACAAAAAAAAAUUCACGAAAAAGUAAAAGCAAAAUGUAGAAGCGGGAUCGUUCGGCAAAAGUAAACAGAGGGAAAAAAAAGAAGAAAAAAAAACAUAAAUAUUUAUAAAAUGAUAUCUUUCUUAUAUGUGUAUACUGACUUUAUUAAUGGAUUUGUAAGUGUUUCAAGAUGCCUCACUAAAAAUCUAGUUUCAAUCCCCAAAAACACACUCAAGGUAUUCACACAAAGCAGAAAUCCUACAAGUAUUGUACGUUUCAGCAGCAAAGAAACCAAGGCUAUCAGUACAGAACCUUCCAAGAAAUAAUGCUUAAUAUCGACCCCACAAGAGUACGUUUAAAUUUUAGAAAAUUCUUUUCUAUAUACACACAUUUAUGUCUAUUUAUAUAGUAUAUACAUAUUGGGACAUAUCGUCUAGAGCUUAGAGUAUAAACCACUAGCAAGCCCUGCAGCUAUUGUUGUUCUUAAAUUGAAGACGUGUAGACAAGCAUUCAAUGUUUCAAUUUGCAACUAUGCGAAAUACAUAUAUAUUUAUUAUUAUAAUAAGAUAAAUAAUCGCAAAUGUCGGGCUACUGUACACAAUGCAAUAGCUGAAAAAACAAUUGUCGAGUUGCAUAAUUGAUAAAUAUUUAAUGUUUGGAAACUAGUUAAACAACUGGUAAAUAAAUAAACAUUCUUAUCACAAUAUUAACCUUGCUUAAAUUGAGGAAAAUGUGUGUUAGCUUAUUAAACGUUUUAGCACAAGACCUGUCUAUCAAUUAAUAAACAAUUAAAAUAAAAUAAAUAUAUAAAAAGUAUAGUAACCAAAAUGAAGCUCAUGAGAUUACAGUUUUUAGCAGCCAAUUUUGUUUUAUUUUGACUCAAAAACUGACCCUCAAACCGAUCUAAAAAAAAAGAUAUAACAAUGGUAUCUAGAAAAACAAGAACAAAAUUGGCUUCUAAAACUAUAUUUAGCACUAAUCUAAAUUUUAUCUUUGACUAAUAUGAAAGAAAAUGAAAUCCACCCACAUAGCUUAUGUCUAGGCCCCUUCGGGUAGUUAAUAUGAGAUGAAAAAGCACGGAAUUGUUAAAACGCAGUGAAAGUAACUAAGCACAUUCCAUACGAGAAGUGUGCUCUAAGGUAUUUCAGUCCAAUUCAAAUCGAGUAUCGAACCCAACGUUUUAACGGCAGAUCAUGUACGAAAGGCGAGCAGAUAGCUAAAAAAAAAACUAAAAAAAAAUAGAGAGAAAAAAAAACACUUAAUAAUGGAGUUAUAAGUACCUUGAAUUAGCUGGUAGAAACGCGUAUUAAACCAACUAUUGAUAGAAAAACCAAAUUUAAAAACGAAAUAAUUUAUAAACAAUUUUAUUUGAUGUUUCUCUUUAUUGCUAAUUGUCUAUUUAAAUGCUUGAAAAGAAGUACUUAUGUGUACACAAUAUAUAGAAACAUGAUUCAAAGAUUCAAUUAAGAGUGGUAUUAAAAGAAAUAUAAAAAUAACAGAUCCAUUGAACUAUAUAUAUAUAUAUAUAUAUAUAUAUAUAAUAUACGUAUAUUUAUGUAUAUGAUUAAGUAUAUAAACAAGCAACGUAUAUAAUAAUAGUAGUAUGAACACAUACAUAUCACUUAUAAAUGUGUAUGUAUGUAUACAUGUGUAUAUGCCCCGUGUAAAUAAAGAGACAAGCUACAUAUUUCAUAUGGAUGCAAAUGGACGUAGAACGCGAACAAAACGAAAUAAAAAAAUCCAAAAAAAAAAA